CUAAAAUAAAAGUAAUAGUUUUGUUUGUGGAUUUAUUUGGUUUGGAAAUAGACAAAGUUUUAAAAUCCUGAUGAAUAAACAAUAAAAACAAUUUGACUACAUAUAAAAAUGGCUUCACAAGAAGCCUAUCAUCACCAGCUUCAGCUUAUCAAUCAAAUGCUAAAGCAAACUCCUGAAGGGCCUGAAAGAAACGAAUUAAUCAACCUGAAGGAAAACAUUGAAGAAUUAUUAUCCCUAACAAAUACUGAUACAACCGAAGAUACAUCAGAUAAUGUCUGUAAUAUUGGAGACUCAAAAGACCAAAUUGAGCCCGAUAUCGAAGUUAGCAAUUCUGCGAGUUGUUCUAAGAAGCCACACGAGUAUACAAUUGAAGAUGAAUAUGAACUCUUCAUGGCUGAAAUGACCAAAGAAGGUGCAAUUGAUUCAGCUAAGGAAAGCAGCUCAAAAUCAGUCCCACCUGAACAACUCAAAGAUUUAGAGGGUAAAAAGUUUAGGGCACCACACAAGCAUCAAUGGGGCCAGUUAGCUUAUCAUAACGCAAUGGUCUGUUCCGUCCCUGAAGAUGUUCCUAACAUUGAAGAAUUAAUGGUGAAAAUUUUAUUCUUAAAUCCAACCCACAAAGAAAUGCUACCAUGUCCAUAUUAUUUUGAUUUGGAAAAGGAUUGUCGCUUUAGUGAAGACGAAUGCAAAUUUUCACAUGGAGAAUUCGUGCAAUAUUCUAGCUUGCAAGAAUAUGUUGAACCACAAUUUGAAAAAUUGACAAAAGGUAGUGAAGUACUUGCCAAACAAUCUGAUAACUUAUGGUAUAGAGGAAAAAUAUCACAAAUUUCAAAAGGCAAAUGUCUGGUUAAGUUUGAAUCAAAAAAUGUGGAAAAUGAGGAUUAUGAAGAUAUUAUUUUCGAACACAUAUUGCCUUUAACUUCUGAAAAUGAUAGUGAAGAUGAUUGUAGUGAUGAGGAAGUAAUUGAAAUCUCAGAUGAUGAAUCAAUAUUAGUAGCCAAAAAGCAGCAAGAGGAAUUAAUAAAUAGAAGCCUGAUGAUCACUCCUGAAUCAAUUCCUUUGGGUGACUGGGAGAAGUAUACUAAGGGUAUUGCUUCAAAAUUGAUGCAAAAAAUGGGCUACGUAGUUGGCACUGGCCUUGGCAAAAAGAGCGAUGGUAUUCUAAAACCAGUUACAGCUUUAGUUUUACCUCAAGGAAAAUCGCUCGAUUUUUGUAUGAAUCUUAAAGAGCAAGCUCAAGAUCCAAAUCUAUUUAAUGCUGAUAAAAUGUCUACAAGAAAAAGGAGACUGCGGGAGAAACCAGGUAAAGUUGCAAAGAGGAAGAGGAUGGAAUUGAAGGUGAAAGACAUGAAUUUGGAACAGUUUAUUGUUUGGAGUAUGGGUCAAGGUCUUGUGAGUUUUUAUGAAAACGAUGAAACUCGACUUUUGAGGGAAAAACUAAAAGUGGCUACUACUAAGGAUGUCAAUUUGAGUAAUUUCAAGAUUUCGGAGAAGCUAAAGAAGUUAUCAAGAAAACUUAUAACUAUUAAAGCGAGAAGGCAACGUUUGGAAGGAAAAUUGGAAACAAACCUUCCUAUAACUAAGAAGCAGUCCAGAACGGAAAUUACCCUGAAACGUUUUAAUGUUUUCCAAUUGGUAGUUAACAAUGAACUAGAUAGAAGGAAAAGUAACAAGGAAAUGGCAGUAUUUUAAAUGCGAUAUUAGAUUUUAGUUUUUUGAGUUCAAAGUAUGAUGUAUCUGGUAUUUUAUGAAUAGCUCUUUAUUAUUAUUUAUUUUUUAAAGUUUUUAAGGUAGAAUAUUCACAUCUUAUAGAAAUGUUUUUUUUUUAAUAAAUCAUUUAUCGGCACAUAUUACAAAAUGUUGGAUUAAUAUGCGCAGGUUCUUUGUACCACUCAGGAUCUCUUUCCACUCCUCUUCGCCUAUAAAAGGAGGCUUUAAUGAUUUGCUGCCUUCCAAAACCCAAAGUUCUGUUAUCUUUCAUUCUGUGCCACUGUUUCCAGCCAUGAUCCCAACUAGUACAUUCUGGAAAGUAAAAUCUAAAAAGAGAAUAAAUGUUGAUUUUGUAGAUAGUAUUAAAUAAUUGAACCUUUUUUCUGGUAUUAAUUUGACCCGUUCUCUUAAGUAAUUUUCGCGUCCGUCUUUAUUGUGCCCUGUGUAAAUUAGUUUUGUAAUUUCUGGAUUUACAGGUCUCAUAAUGUCUUGGAGGUUGCCUUCGAAAUCUAUUACUGUGUCUUCUGUUUUAAUUCUUGGGAAUUUUUUUAUCUGCUGGAAUGCUUCUAUGCGAUUCUAGAUAUCAUGUAAUUUGAGUAAAUUAAGAAUCAAGUACCAUUGUGACUGUGAAUUCUUUUUACCUUUUUAAUUUUCUCCUUGACCUCUUCAGGCACUGCCCUAGAAGAUAUUAGUUUAUUUGCAUUCUCAUUUAAUCUUGCCUCGUUUUUACGGAACCACAUGGAUCUGAGUGCCGCUUCUUUUUCAAUGGUUUUAGCCCAGUAAUCGCCCAUGGCGGUUCUUUGUGCCUUGGACAUUUUGUCGCGGGAAUUUUGAUUCUACUUUUAAACAAGAAAAAAAUAGUUUUUAUAUUUAUGAGUAUG